GGCCGCGGAGGGGGCGGGGCAUGCGGCGGGAGCGGCGGGGGCCAUGGGGGCGGCGGAGCAGGACGUGUACCGGGACACGUGGGUCCGAUACAUGGGUUACGCCAAUGAGGUGGGCGAGUCGUUCCGCGCGCUGGUGCCGGUGCCGGUGGUGUGGGCCAGCUACGGCGUGGCCACCGCCUACGUGACCGCUGACGCCAUCGACAAGGGCCGGAGAGCUGCCACCGCCCACGCACAGGACCCCACGCGGGUGGGGGUGGCCGUGGUGGACACCUUUGUGUGGCAGGGCCUGGCCUCGGUGGCCAUCCCCGGCUUCACCAUCAACCGGCUCUGCGCCGCCUCGCUGGCCCUGCUGGGGACCCUGACCCGCUGGCCCCUGCCCCUGCGCCGCUGGGCCACCACCGCCCUGGGGCUGGCAGCCAUCCCCCUCAUCAUCACCCCCAUCGACAGGACUGUGGAUUUCCUGAUGGAUUCCAGCCUCCGCAAGCUUUAUGGGACACCAGGAGAGCCCCCGACACCCCACUGAGCCCCUCCAGCCUGGGGAAACCAAGGCACUGCUGUGACCCACCUACUGUGACCCCUCACUCCAGUGAUGACCCUGGAGCAGCCACUCUGCCCCACACUGGUCCUAAUAAACCAUUUCAAAUGUGA